UCAGUCUCUGCCGCUUGAAGCCCAAGCUGAAGUCAUCAAACCCGCAGCUUCCCAGUAUCACGCUAAGACAAAGGUACAGAAAAUUGUGUACGUUUUGCACAAAAUUGAGCUCUCCUGGGCCAAUACAUCAGUUCGCGCAAUGAACAAACUGAAAAACUUGCUCCACCAUCCAACGGCAAUCUCCACCGAUGGAGCAAAAGCGUCCAAAGCCAACAACAACGAGCGGCUAGAGCCCGUAGUCGGCUUCAAGCUAGUGCUUGAUCCAGGUUCGAGCUUUAGCUACAGCAACACAGAAGCCGAUGGGGAGAACAACAAUCGACAGUCGUCAUCAUCGCCGCCGCCGCCAUCAGCGAAUGGAAAUUCAGCGGCGGCUGUUCCGGAGUUGCAAGUUCAUCUGGUUGGAGCACGCCAUCUACCGGGCAGCUUUGGGCUGAAAAGCGUCGAGGGGUACAUGAUAAAGAUCAAACUGUUUCCCGGCACGGCCAAGUUCGACUCGUCCAUUCAGACCACCUCGUGGCCCAUGUUCGGAGAGACGUUCCGGUUUCCCCUGGUUUCUAGUCACAAAUCUUCAUUUCGCGUGAAGAAAAACCAGUCUCACAAAGGGAAACCGGAAGAAACACCACCAGAGAAGCUGUUUCACGGCAACUUUGUCGUGUUCACAGUGUUUGCUCUCUUGGAGCUACCACCAGGGUUCCAAUCCACGUUAAAGCACAAAACGAUGACCUUCAUUCGGCAGGGCAGCCAGAGGCUCAAAGACAAACCGGUCAUCGGAAAACUAGUCAAAGAUGUGGAACCACCCGAUUCCAAAACGGCCAACUUCGACCAGAAGCAAAACCUGAAAAAACUGACCACCAGCGAAAGUCAACGGAACAUCGGCUCGGUAACGUACUUCCUGGACCCGAAGGCCUUCCAGGAGCUCUGCCGGGGACGAUUGUACCAAACAGAAGAAAUGUGGCUGCCAAUCAAGGACAUCACUGUGACGCAACCGGUGGAAACACGCACCGUGAUAUUCCAAAGCCCAAAAGGACAGGUGGAAGUGACCCUGCACCUGUGUGACUACACCGAGGUGCACCUGGACAGCGAAAAAACCUCCCAGGAAGACCUUUCGUUCAACAUCGAGGGCCCGUACUCCCCAAGUUCUGCUUCCUCGUCGUCUUCGCUGAGCAAUCCAUUCCGGUUCAAAAAGGAACAACCGGCGUGUGGAUCACCGAUACCGGCCUCCAACGCGAACAAAAGUCGAUUCAGCUUCAAAGGAGUGAAAAAGAUCGUGAAAAGUGUCAAAAACAAAGAGAAAAAUCAACAAGGUUUGUGUCUGAAGAUCUCCACCGCCAAGAUUCGCUGCGGUAUCAAGGUGAAGGAAGAGUUCGAGAGGAUCAGCGAAAAAAUCUAUCUCAAAGCGACGGUUCUGGAACAUGAGAUUUUGUCGGCGACGUGGAAAUCGGAACCAUUCCGACCGGCGUUGUCCACGAGAUGGAAUCCAGACGAUUGCACAAUUGUGUUGCCAUUGACCAGCGAGAGCAACCUGGAUCACAUUUCGAUUCGGGUCGCUUUGGCAGCCAAGAAUAAAAUGGGGAAGAAGGUGUAUUUGGGGCAGCUGUUUUUGGGUCCGAAUGCGCCCAACUCAAAUCAAGUCAAACAGGACCAGUGGAGGAAGAUGAUCGCUUACAAAGGCUCGGCCAUUCCGGUGUGGCAUAGCUUUGAGUGACGAAUCGAGUGAUAGAAGAAAUCGUUUGUGUCAUUUAGUUUUUAAAUCCUUAAACAUUCAGUGGAGUGUCAUACAGUUUGUUUAAAAGACCAAAUCUUAAAUAUAUGUUAGUUAGAUUAUAUUUA